AUGAAUGAUAAUGUAAUAUGCAAUACGCUUUAUUUUCUCUAAAAAUGCUAGCUUCUUUUAAGUCAAGUAGAAGGUCAUUAAGAAUGGAUCAAUGAAAUAAAUUAGUGUCAGAAGGAAUUAGAACUCCAUAAAGCCAAUCACCCUCUCUAUGAACAAUGCCUGAUCUUCAUUACUGACAAGAUCAUACACCCAUUUUUGUAAGACCUAGACAUUCUGUUUAAUUGUCAAGAUGUCGUUAAGGAAAUAAAAAAAUAUGAAUUGAAUUUUAACUACGUAAUCAAGAGGCUAUCAUUGAUAAGAGAGUUCAUCCCAAAUGUGGUGAAGGCUUAAACUGAUGAGGAAUGGAUUUAAUUAAAUCGACAUAUAGAAUAUGUUAAUUUAGAUGAUCCACUAUCGUUGUCUAAAUAAUUCGAUCAGUUUUAUGAUUAUAUAGCUCUGGGAGCAGCCUACUGUACGUUGGGUACAAAGUACUCAAAUUCAUUGAUAAGUUUGAUUGUUCAGAAUGUGGGAGGGGCUGUUAUGUUAGUCAAGAAAUAGACAGCAAGAGAUAUCAAGACCAAGGAAAUCACAAAUCCAUCACUCUCAUUUGUUAAGGGUUUAUGGAGUAUUCAAAACAACUCAGCAUUUUUCAAGAAUUUUAUGAAACUGACUAAUUGUAAGGUGAAAUCGCACUUUAAAAUUCAUGUGCCCUUUUUGUUCGAAGACUAACAAUUUAAAUACCAUCAUGACAAUAAUACCUAUGUUUAAGAGAAGUUUAAGGGCUUCAAAAUGGUAGAUGAUCUAUUCAAUAAACUUUAAGCCAAUGAGUUAUCAUUGAAAUAAAAAUAAUAAAAAAUAAAAGUGAGGAUUAUUUCAGCAAAUAAAGUAAUUUUAAACAAAAAAGUCGAUUAUUCCUAAUUGGUUUAGAAAGUUGUCGAAGUAAGUUCAGAGCAUUAUUAAAUAAGCUCUGUUAUUUAAUAGAACAAUAAGAAUGCUAAUAUCAAAAAGGUAGUCCUACAUAUUCAUGGUGGAGGAUGGGUAGCCAUGUCUUCAUUUAGUCAUCAAUCUUAUACAAGGAAAUGGGCAAAUUAUUUAGGAGAUGAUACUAUAAUAUUCUCAAUUGAUUAUAGAUUGGCUCCUGAAUAUAGAUACCCAUAUGCUUUGGAGGAUGUAUGGCAAUUAUACUUAUGGAUCAUCAAUUUCAGUCAGUUCUAUCUUAACAUCACAGUCGAUUAAAUAAUUUUAGCAGGAGACUCUGCAGGUGGUAAUAUGGCUUUGGGUGUUUGUUUCAGAGCAAUCAAAUAUGGGGUCAGAAUUCCUGAUGGAUUGUUGAUGGCUUAUCCAGCUGUCAAUUUGGAUUUUACUUAAUUCAACCCUUACUUAUUAUAAGGCUUGAUUGAUUAAGUGGCUCCAGCUACAGUGUUAAAAUUAGCAUUACAUGAGUACUUGAAGGAUACAAAUGCAACACCUAAUGUUGAUCCCUACUUAAGUCCAUUGAUAGCUGAGGAUUCAUUUUUACAACACUUACCUAAAAUGACAAUCAUGUGUGGUGAAUUGGAUAGUCUCACUGGAGAUACUAUAAAAUUUGUAAAUAGAUUAAGAAAGUUGAAUAAGUAAUUUAGGAUGAUCAUAUAUAAUGGGAUAAAUCAUGGAUUUUUGAAUUUUGAAGUGCCUAUCUUUGCAGUGCCUGCUAUAAAACCAUUAAUCGAAAGUAGCUGUGAUUUAUUAAAGCAGUUGUUUAAUUAAUGA